GGCAGUUCUUGGGGAUCAAUUGACUCGUAACUAGCUAUUUUAAGCAAUGGUGCCUCAGGCAUUAAUGACUAAGCGGGACAUCAAUUGAGAUGAUAUCACGAGCAUCAAAAGCAUUCUCAACGAGAUACUGAAUUGAAAGAUACCCAGCUGCACACAUAACCACCAUGUCUGCUCAACGAAUUGCAUACAAAGUCCACGGCACAGUUCAAGGUGUCGGAUACCGUGACUACACACAAAGACGCGCCGCUGAAUUCGGCCUCAAGGGCUGGGUGAAGAACACCUCUGACGGGCUGGUCGAAGGCGAAGCCCAAGGCGAUCAGAACUCCGUACAGAAACUCAUCCAGGAACUAGGCAAGGGGCCUCGUCUGGCACAUGUGACAAAGCUGCAGAAGAAGGAUAUCACGCCUGAAGAGGGGGAGAAUCACUAUGCUGUGAGACAGACGUCGGAUUCGGUAGUUAGUUUUGAUUAGCUUUGAUGCUCUAGUAGAGUCUGUGAAAUGAUCAAUGGAGCAUUAUGAAUCAUGU